AUGUCACAUUACCUUCAACCUUUUACUUUUUUGUCCAUCUUUUAAUUAGACAAAAGUUAAUUACUCAGAAUCUAUACAAAGAGAAUAUUACAAAUUCUUCUAAUCAUUUGACUUAAUCAUUUGGUAUUUCUCCAAAGUUAAUCAUUUAUUUCCCUCCAAUUAUUUUCUCCAACAACUCAACAUAAACACAAACCAUUGAUGGUUAAUAAAUUGUUAUCUUUUUUGUUGUUGUUGUAUCAGUGAAUAUAGAUUGUGAUUUAUUGUGAUUUUAUGGAAUUCUGGAAUUGUCUCAAGACUGAUUAUUCAACAAUUAUCAUCAUCCAACGAUAACCAUCAAGUCGAAAGGUGAAACCUGAAGUGUAUCCAAUGAGAUUGUGAACGACACAUAAUAUUCACAUAGAUACAGUGGCCAUGAGGAGUUUAUUACAAUGAGGAUGAUAAUAUGUAUCAUUUUGUAGCAAUCACAAUUAACAAAGGAGGGAGAUUAUGACGACAGAGCGAAUGGAGGUAUUACCAAGGUGGAAUGAUCAUCAUGACAGUUCAUCGUCAAUUGUAGCCUCAUACAACUCGAUCAAUAGUGAUGAAGAUAGUUCCAUAUCCUGUGUAAUCUACAAAAUGAAUCCAUCAGAUUUUUCACCCACCAGUGGAACUGGUCUCACCUUGGGAAUAAGAGGUUUAGAAAAUAAUUCUGUUAUUGGAUCAGAGAUUAAAUUGUUCAAGAAACGUUUCCUUAUAUUGUUUAUAUUUUGUCUCUACUCGGCUUCCAAUUCGUUCCAAUGGUUACAAUAUACGAUAAUUACUCAGAAAAUUUCAGCCUUUUAUAAGGUUGAUGAUCUUUCUGUUAAUUUAACCUCAAUGCUUUACAUGUUUGUCUUUGUUCCUGGUACCAUUCCAGCCUCUUGGUUACUUGAUCGUAAAGGUUUACGAUUUACCGUACUGAUUGGAUCGUUUUUCACCUUUGCCGGUUCUCUGGUUAAAUGUUUCAGUCUUCAACCCAAUCGAUUUUGGGUAACAAUGGUUGGUCAAACUAUGGUUGCCACUUGUAAUCUGUUUGUGAUCAAUUUACCUCCUCGAAUUGCUGCCGUUUGGUUUGGUGAACGUGAAGUGUCAACGGCAACUUCCAUCGGUGUUUUCGGUAACCAACUUGGUAUCUGUUUCGGUUUUUUCAUACCUUCACUUAUUGUCACCUCUUCAAAUGUUGACGAAAUUUCUUCGCAAUUAUCUUAUGUCUUCUAUGGUACUACUGCGUUCACUGGUCUCUUAUUCAUUGUGAUCGUGGUGUUUUUCGAGGAUAAACCGGCAAAGACACCAAGUAACACUGCAGCUCGAGCAAACUUUUUACAGGAAGAUUUGUAUUUCCUUCAAUCAUUGAAAGCGUUAAUCACUGAUCUUGAUACGGUAAAGUUGACAAUCAGCUAUGGGAUCAACGUUGGUGUGUUUUAUGCAAUCUCAACUCUUCUUGAACAAAUGAUCUCUUCAGCCUUUCCAGGCCACGAAUCGGAUGCUGGUAACAUUGGUGCAAUAAUCACUGUUGUCGGUACAAUUGGUUCGAUGAUUAGUGGCUUCAUUUUGGACAAAACUCACCGUUACUACGAAACAAUUUUAGCUCUUUAUUUAUUUUCAUUCGUUGGUUUGGUCGCUUUCACGUUGACCCUCAAAUACAACAUACUCUUCGUAUAUAUUGUCUCAGCUCCGCUUGGUUUCUUCAUGACGGGCUACCUUCCGAUCGGCUUUGAAUACGCUGCUGAAAUUACGUAUCCCCAACCGGAAGGUAAUUCUGCUGGUCUACUCAAUGCUUCAGCUCAGUUUUUUGGUAUCGUGUUGAUAUUUGCCUCUACAUUGGCCGUCAAUCGAUUAGGCCAUUUAAUCUGUAACAUUAUUCUAUGUGUCGUUCUAUUAAUUGGUCUAAUUCUCACCAUAUUCACUCGUGGUACAUUAAAACGACGAACUGCUGCUUUGAAGAGCAUUGAAUAUAUUGUCACCUGAUUGUGAAGAUGAAGAUGAUUAAUUAGAUUCCCAACAAUUAAUUGACAAUCGGUUAAUUCUCACCGUCCUUAAUAAUGAUACAUUCAACUCUAUUCUUCACUUAUGAAUUGUUCCCUUAUCAGAUCCUGUUAAUAACAUGAGAUUAUUUCAGGAUCAAUUGGUCACCAUUGUUAAUCAAUGAAACCAUAUCAACUAAUCAAAUCAAAAUGAUCUGAUGACUUUAUCACGAAGAGACACGUAUCAUUGAGUUUGUGUGUUUGUGUUUUAACAAUUUACUGAUUAAUUGAGUUUCAGAAUCACAGUAAUCAUGUGUUUCCACCUUCAAAUAUUAUCAUUGAAACUUGAAUUUAACUAGAAGAUAAUUUUUCCCUGAUUAGAUUAAUUAUAAUUACUAAAAUUAGUAGUUAUCAGUGCAACUAAGUUUAGCAUCUAUUUACUAAAUAUCCUUUUAAUUACAAGUUGAAAUGAUCACUAAUCAUCAUUACAACAAAUGGAAUCAAGUCUUUCAUCAUUUUCCGUGAAACAAUUAAGCUCCAAGAUGAUAACAAUCAAAUAAUUUGUGAUACAACAAAUCAAGCAGUUAAUCAUUUAAAUACAAUUUGACUGUUUCCAUCACUGAUCACCUCAUGUCUUUCAUUAAUGUCUUAUCAAUAACCAUCAUAUCAUUUUAAUUUAAUUACCAUCGCUGUUAUAAAAAGUUAAUUGUUAGACGAAUGAUGAUUUUAAUCAUUAUUUAGACUUACACGUUUUCUUUGACUGUUUCAUACCAUUAAUGAUGUAAUUAUCUAAUCAUUUGCUUCUCAAUUAUACCCUAAUUUUCAUGAACAAUUAAUUUUCAAGGGGAAAGUACAAUAACUAUAAUUAAUUAAUUAUGUAAUUGUUUCGAUGAAACAGAAUCUCAGAUGAAUAAAUUUUGCAACUGAAUCAAUAAUUUAAACACAAAUGUAACAAAGUUAAUCUGAGAUCAUUUCAAAUCAUCACAACCUAAUUAAUAACAAUUAACAUCUAAUAAAAAAUUAUUUAUCAACCGAA